AUGGGGACAGUCUACUCCCUUAGGGGCCAUCCGAGCCUCGCUGUGAAGGAGAUCCUCCUCGAUGGCCCGGAUAAGAGGGAUUUAGGCGCCAUCAGGCUCGAGCUGGCCGCUCUUCUUGACCUCUCCAACCCGGGGGUUCUCAAGCACCAUCAAGUAGUCGAAGGCGAGGGCCUCAUCUACGUCGUCAUGAAUCGCCACGACAAGACCCUCGAGCGCCUCCUCACUGAGCACAAGCGAAGGAAGAUCCCCAUGUCUGCCGGCGUGGUCCUCUCCGUCCUGAGGCAGAUCGCUGCCGCCCUCGCCUACCUCCACGGCGUCAAUGGGGUAAGUGUUAAUGGAUUUGUCCACCGCGACCUCAGGCCUGCCAACGUCCUCAUCAGCGCAGAUGGUGAGUACUUCGUCAUCGCUGGCCUCGGCCUCUGCAAGGACGCCCUGAGAUGCGGGAGCACCAUUGUAAGCACGGCAGUAUACGUGGCCCCCGAGGUGCUCCUCCACAACGAGGCCAGCCCCGCCUCCGACGUAUGGAGCCUCGGGGUCAUCAUUUAUGAAUUAGUAACUCUGAGGAGACCGGACUUCCUAGAAGGUAAAGACCCAAAAGACGUCUUCGUCGACGGGUGGAGGCCGGACCUGAGCGGUGUCACCGACGGCUUCAUAAAGAGUGUUCUGGAGCGGAUAUUCGUGCUGGAGCCAGAGAGGAGGCCGACAGCCAGGGAGCUGCACGAGACGCUCGCCACAUUCGACAUCCCAGUUAGUGAGCUGGGACAUCGGUGUGUGGCACUAGAGGACAAGUGCAGCGUUUUGGAGGCUGCGCUGAAUGGCGCUAAUGCUAAUAUCGUGCUUCUGAAGGACGAGCUCAAGGUCGAGUCGGAUAAGGUCACUGCUCUUGAGGCAGCCCUCGAGAACAGGCCAAGCAAGACCAGCUCCCUAGGACAGGAGCCUCGACUCAAGACCCCUGGGAUUGACGCUCUUGAAGGCCGGACAAAAAAUACUUAUCCACAAUGCAGGCACGAGAAGGUCAGGUUAUGCAACUCAGUGGCGCAGCAGCUACGAUUACCCUUCAACCUGAGGCUCACCUGCUACCCAAGCUGGUCCGUGCUGCACACACGAAUGACACAGAGACCGUCCGGGUGCUACUUGAAGAGGGAGUCACCGGCCAGCGUGAUAAGCAGGGAAUGA